UCUACUUUUUUACAAAAAUUGCGUGUAUGGCUUUUAUGCUAUAUGUAAUAAAAGACCAAACAAAUAAUAAUAUUUUACCCCUGUUGAUCUAUGCUAUGGUGCAACUUUUAUCUGUAAAUUUUUGUAAGUUUAAAGUAUGAUACUAUAAUUUGGUCUGAUUUUCCACUGUAAAUGUUUUGAUAUGGAUAACUAAAAGUAGGAUGCUCUCAUGAACAUGUUUGUGAAAGUAUGUUGUUAUUUGUUGAAUUUCUUUUGCUAAUAUUAGAUAAAUAGUCUUUUAUCCAUGUUAUGUUUGUUUUGAUACUAGCUAAUAUCAUGAAACUGUAGGACUAUCUUAUGUAGAGAAAUCGAUACUUGAAGCAAGAAAAUUUUGAAUCGUGUACAUUGUCAUGGGGAUGGGGUUAGCGGAGGAUUAAAAAAAAAGUUCAAAGCAACACCAUUUUGUUUUUCCGUGAAACAUAAAAUAAGGUACAACUUUGUGGAAAUCCAAUCAACAAAUCUUCUAUACUUCUAAACCGGAAAAUCAAGAACCGGGUGUGGCUCUCAAUUGAUAAAAACAUUGGUUCUUCUUCUUGUUUCCGUCAAAGUCUACACAGAGAGAAAACAAAAACAGGCCUGUUCCUCACCUCAUUUUUUUGGGUCUUCUUCUUCUUCUUUCCGUCAAAGUCUAUCACAAUCGUAAUUAAUAUCAUCGGACCCACAAUCUCUUCAAAUCAACCACCAAUCUAUAUGUAAAAGGGUCUCUUUUGAAGAAGUCGACUGUUGGAAGUUCUAGCAAGCAAGAAGAAACGAGUUGAUGUACACCUAAGAUUUCAGCUCGGGAGAAGCUGUUAACUGAGCCAAUCUGGAGACGAUUUCUCUCCCUCUGCAUCACCACCGAAAACAUACACCACCGUCGGCGCCACAAUCAAUACCCAUUGCAACUCGAAUCCUAAGGAAAUCAGACCCUAUCAUCAUCUCAUACCUACAACUUGAGACCUACUUAUCAAUUUUACAAAUAAAGAAGAAAGAGACAUCAAAUCUCCAUCUCUGUCCCAUCUUCUCAUUCAAUAUCAAAUAAGAAAAAGAGGAUCAUUGAGAUAUGCUUAUGAAUUACCACAUCUUCAAACAACAGAAGAUAAAAAGGUUUACAAUCGAAAUAAGUACAAAAAGAAACAUGUUGAUCAGAAGCAUUCAAUGAAAGGAAGGCAAAGGUCGUCGGUGGAAAGGCGACAAAUGUAACAUCCCAAAAAUACAACCCAAAAAUUUUUGUUUGAAAACAUUACUAAACCAUAAUAUCAAAUAUCACAAUAGAAAAACUAUGAAUCAUGUGUCUCAGAAUGUCAUAAUAAAUUUAUCAAAUCAAACUAGUGUCCAGAUCAUAUCAAAAUAUCAGAGUCGAACUCCCGGGCUAAACUGUGGUGUGUGUCAUGCCAUCAUCCCGAGUCCUACUCUUUGCUAGCUGAAGUACCUGAAACCAAAACUGAAACUGUAAGCACGAAGCUUAGUGAGCUCCCCAAACUACCACAUACCAUACAAUAACAUAUAAACACAUAUUGGGCCUUGCCCACUGCAUCGGACCGAAGUCCGGAAACUGCAUCGAACCAAAGUCGGGAACUAACCAGGGUCUUGCCCUCUGCAUCAGACCGAAGUCUGGAAACUGCAUCGGACCGAAGUCCGGAACUAACCAGGGCUUUGCCCUCUGCAUCGGACCGAAGUCUGGAACUAACCAAGGCUUUGCCCUCUUCAUCAGACCGAAGUCCAGAACUAACCAGGGCCUUGCCCUCUGUAUCGGACCGAAGUCCGGAAACUGCAUCGGACCGUAGUCCGAAACUGACUGAAGUUGGCAUAACAUAAUAAUAACUACUGGCAUAAACACAUAUACUGCAUACUGCAUCGGACCGAAGUCUGGAACACAUAACACAAAUACAUGCUUGAAUCAGAAAGACAUCAAGCACCCUGAACUAGUACAUCGGACCGAAGUCCGGGACUACUGCUAACUAAACGGGCCGACAUUGUGGCCAUAGACCCGUUCCUACUGGAAGGAAACUCACCUUACAUUGCUGAAGUCCCGAAGACAUAACCCCACAUUGUUGAAGUCCCGCAGACUCAACCUCAGUUGCUGGAUGACAGAUUCCCGAACUGUCAACACCAAAAUAACACCCAAUUAAUAAUUGGGUUCCAACUCAUAACCAUAAGUCCAUACUUGGGUAAAAGACUACUUUACCCCUGUCUUAGCUUGACUCCAGCCCAAGGCCCAAACCAAAGGCCCAAAAGUCUAAUAAUGGACCAAGGCCCAACUACGACCCAAUUUUCCAAAUUGGGCCCAAACCUCUACAUGGACUUCCCUUAAGGCCCAAUUAUUCAGUCCAGUCCAACAUGUCUCAUUCUAAGGGCCCAGUAUCAUACAACCAUCUAGGCCGAAACUAUGGCCCAAUUUUUCAAAUUGGGCCCAAUCCUUCAUAUGGGCCUUACCCUAAAGCCCAACUAAUUACUCUAGUCCAUUUGAUUAUUCUUGAAUGGCCCAACACAAAGCCCAAGUGAAUAUUAGGGUUUUCUCACUUAGCCCAUUAAGGACUUAAUCCAUUAAGUCCUUUACUCUACUAGAUAACUGACAUGGAGAAAUUAGGCUUAAUACAUAAUCCAAUCUCAAUGCCCCAAAAGUAGGUCCAAUAAGUCCAAGGCCCAAAUACUUUCAAUUAAGGUUUUUCACUCAAAUAUGGCCCAAAUAAGUCUUUAAGCCCAUUUAGGUCUUGCUAGGUCCAUUAGGGCUUGCUUGUGGGGCACCAACCACUACCGCCUCGGGUAAUGGUGGCUAAUGGCAGUUCACGGCAGCGGUCACCACCUUACGGUGGUGGUUACUAUUAUUAUUUUCAUUAUUCCAUGCAAUUACAAUUACAAGGCUUUUAUCCAAAGAACACACACACACACACACACACACACACUAACUAAUACAUACACACACAACCACACCAUGGUGGCCGACGGUGGCUCGUGGUGGCAGUGGCUUUUCCCGAGGAUUCCGACUAAACUAAGCACACUCAACACACACUUCCACAGAAAACACACCCACACAUAAGUCUUGCCCGGAACAGGAGCACCCCCACCCUCUUGGUGGUGCUUGGUGGCAGCAGGACGCACAUAACGGAGGCAACAACGGCAGAAGGAAGCGGAGAAGGGAAGAUGGCCCUCCACCGGAGUACGACGCAACAGCAGUGGCGCUAAAGGCGGCGACCGAUCUUGACAAGGCGGCUGGAGAAAGAGAGGAGGAAGAGCGGCGGUUCUAGUGGUCGCUAUCAUCGGCGGUCAGCGGCCCUUGGGGCCCUAGGCAUCUGGCAUUCUCGUUGAGGCGAUACCCGGUGGUUACAACGGUUAAUGGCAAUGAAACAGUGGAGCACAAGAUAGAAGAGAAAAAGAGGAUAGCGGGUUGCGCUGCAACAUAAGGGAGGCAGCAGAGGUGACGUCACGACUUCGAGCUCCCGAUCUUCCCUUGCUUGCACGCUGGAACCACGUUUGCUGCCUUCGUCGACAGCAGGAGCAACAACAAUGAACGGUUUUGUCGGCACCCUGGUUUGCCGGUGGCUUGUUUGAUCGGAGAGGAACGAGAGGAUAGGGUGGCGGCUGACUUCACUCAUGGCGGCUAGAAAAACUCUUAGGUUUAGGUUACCGGGUGCGACGGGAGGAAUACACGGGUUAUAUACCCAACUCUAAAACAUAAUUUCAUAACAACAUAAUUAGUCCCUCCUUCCCCCCAUUCCUUACAGAGUAAAUCCAAUAUUUACAAUUUAAACCCUGAAUAUUAAAAUCCAUUACAACUUAAGUACGAAAUUUACCAAACAACCCCCUAUCUUCCAUAAUCUAUUCAGAUGAAGUCCCAUACAAUACCAUUUAGUCUCUGCCUUCAUAAAUACUUACCAAACUAAUUUGAAUCUUAUACUUUUAACCCUCAACUUCUAAAAUUCUUUACAGAUUAGUCCGGGACUUAUAUUUCUUAAUUUAUUUAAGUAAAUGGGGCGUUACAACUCUCCCCCACUUAAAUUGGAUUUCGUCCUCAAAAUCAUUCCUUACCAUUCCCUUACAUGCCCAAACACUCUAGUAACAUGGUCACCAUCCUGGACACACCCUAGCCUUCUCAGGGUAGCCAUGACCAAUCUUUGCAAAGCUUUAAAUUCCACUGGUGAACAGAUUCCUCGCAACAGUCUACAUCCAUUUUGUCUGAAAUAUGUUGUCUUGAGUUGGUCUAAUUCCCUGACAUACCACUCAUACUAAACCAUUAUCGAUGAAACCAACCUGCUUAUCUCUCAACUCCUGAUUCCCACUACAAAACAUGUUCACAAACCUAAUUAUCCCUGUAGAUCACCUAUACUUGGCCAAAAAUCAGAUAAUCCCGCUGUAAGUGACUUAGCGUAUCCCACGCAAUCUGUGACUCUAACCAUACAUGAAAUCCCAAAAUACCAUUACCGUUUGAGAUACUGAACUGUCCGAAGCAUUGAAAUUUCUGAAACACUGAACUGCCUGAAACACUGACUGCUUGAACACCGAACUGCCUGAACACUGAAUUACCUGAAACACGGAAUUGUCUGAAAUACUGAACUGAUUGAAACACAUGUUGCUACAUGGCUGCUUUCCAACAUCUAUCGAGACCUUCCUGGUCUCAAUUCAUUCGUCGGUCAUCUGAAAUACCGGUUUCCAGCCCGACUGCGGAGCCGAAGGACUCCCUACUUAGUCGCCUCACACAACUUCUGAACGAAAUCCUUCUCUGAAACUAACAGCUACUAGUUAUCUUGUUACUGUGGCCCUAGCGGCCUUCUGAUCUAACUGAUCGAUUCCACACAUCGAAUCCUGAGGUUACCAACCCACAGCUAAAUGCGAUUGCUACAUGACCAAUUGUAGCUUUAUAUAACAAGCAACCUUUAGCAAUUCAUUGCUUCCUCGGUCUCAAAAGUGCAGUGGCGUUCCUACAGUCUUAUCACUGGCUCAACUAGAUCUAAUCCAUCCAGAUAAUUCCGAAAUCCAAUCCGUGGAUUUCCGUAUCCUUACUGCUACACCCAAACUAGUGGGUAAUAUUGUUCCUUUCGCGUCCUAACAACGCGCUCAUGUUGUCUACCAGCCAAGCGUAUUCUGCGGCUACGCCCGUAGUCCCACAACAUUCUAGCACUACCUGACUGCUAGUGAAUGCUACGGCUACACCCGCAGACUUACAACACUCUAACACUAUCCGACUGCUAGUGAAUGCUACGACUACACCUGCAGACUUACAACACUUUCUCACACUAUCUGGCUGCUAGUGAAUGUUACGGCUACACCCACAGACUUACAACACUCUAACACUGUCUAGCUGCUAGUGAAUGCUACAGCUACACCCACAAACUUACAACACUCUAACACUGUCUAGCUGCUAGUGAAUGCUACGGCUACACCCGUAGACUUACAACACUCUAACACUACCUGGCUGCUAGUGAAUGCUACGGCUACACCCGCAGACUUACAACACUCUAACACCACGUAUUCCAUGUAAAGUCUCCUCAAACGAUACAAUCAAGACGAGGAGGACCCAUAUAUAAGUGAAUCGCAUCGUGCCCCGGUCGCAAAUGUUGUAUCGUAUGAAAAGGAAGUGAACGAGAUCCUAGCCGAUAGAGUGGUUCGCGAACGAGGAUCGCCUAACUGGAUAGAGUUUUAUGUUCGAUGGAAAGGGCUACCAAAAAGCGAGACUAGUUGGGAAUGUGAGCAAGAUCUAUGGCAGUUUCGAGACAAAAUAGAGGCGUACGGGUCUAAGACUUGAUGAGGACAUCAACAAUUUAAGUGGGGGUGGGGGGGGGGGGGGAUGCCACGAUCGAGAUCUAGAAUUCCCCGGUGUACUCAAGAAGACACUAGAUCAUAUAAGAGUAACCUGUAAGACUUGUAUUGUCCUAGAGUUUUCUAAUAUAUCAUAGUAUAUAUUAAAAUAUUUUAGAACCUUGUAAAUAUAAGAGUAUAGUAGAACGAUCUAGAAUAAACAAGAAAGAUCGGGAUCUAAACAGUUCCAUUUUAGGAGGUGUAAGAACUCUAUAAAUAGGGGUGAAGUCAUUUGUAGCAAACCAUCAAGAAGUUGUUUUAAUCUCUUGAGUUCUCUUAAUACAAAUACUCUUUAUAUUCAUUCUCGAAGUCUUAGUCUCUUGCUUUCCAAGUUCGUUAGCAAAUCUAAAAUCGUUGAAGUAGCCUGACUUAGUCGAAGAAAAAACUAAGUGACAUACGAAAUAGACUAGUCACAAGAGUCAUCUCAUGACAAGUGGCACUUGUAGACAUUAGAUUUUUAUAACCAUUGAUUGAUAAAAAAGAAUGAGUACGAAACCAACUUUGUAUGAAAUUUUUAUAUUGUUAUUCUUAAAUAUAUAAUUGUCUUUUUUAUAAGUGAUAACAAAACAAGCACUAAAUGAUUUAUGUAUGUAAAUUUCUCAUUUUAUUAUUCAUAACUAUAUGAAAUUAUGUAUUUUUGAGUAAUGAGAUUUUAAUUUUAUUGAUUUAGAAGAAAUGUUGGCUUAUAAAUUAAAUGAUUUUAAAGUUAUUUUUUGAAUGAAUAAUGAUUUUUUGAUGUUUCUAAUAAACAAAUAAUUAAAUUAGAAGUUUAUUAAUAUAUAAAAAGAUAGUCGUUUUGAUAUUUUUUUUUUAUCAUUGACUAAAAUCUAAAUAGUUGUAAUUUAAAAAUAAAUACGUAUUAUUAUGUUUUUAAUUGUUGGUCCCCAAACUUUUUGGUUAUACUCUUGUACCCAUUCUGUUCUCUCGUAUCAACAACCAUCGCCGUCCGUGAAAUAGCACACCGUCGUCCACCAGUCUACCGCUGCUGGAGUCCGGACGUAAACCAGUACACCACUCGACCACCGUCGCCUGAAAUAGAACCGCACAGUCAUUCAAAGUGAGUUAUUUGACCCGUUCGUCACGACCUAAGUGUUUUUUCCCGCUACUUUUCUUCUCUCUCUGUAGCAAUGUCGCCCGAGAGACUCACAGAAUAUGAGCGCAAACGCCUUGAAAACAUCAAGCGCAACGAAGAACAGCUCGCCUCUCUCAACAUCCGUUCCAAGCUUGCUGAUCUAUGUACAUCAACCAAGCGCCACAGGGAACAGACUAAUAGACCACAGAAGAAAGCAAAAUCCGAAAUCCCAAUUGUAACCCGUAGAUCUCUAAGAAACCAAGGAGAAAAGCCAGAAUCUACAGGUUUAAUAGAUAAUUUCUACGAAGUACCUGAGAAACCAAAAUCGCCCAAAUCAAAAGUUGCACCUGAGAAAUCCGCUCUAAAAUUGAAGCCACUUAGUAUGAGAGAAGUGAGUGUUUCUUCUAAACCGGAUGAACCACUUGUCAAGAAGAUUUUGAGCGUAUCUGAGGAGUCGCGAUCAAAAGGAGUAAACAAGGAUGCUGGAAUUAGGGUUAGAUCUUCGAUUGAUUUGGAGUCCAUGAAGUUGAUUCCAGAAAAUAUUGCUAGUGUUGUAACUAACAAGAUACUAUCAGUUAAAUUCUUUCCAUCUGCAGAUAUGAAGACGGUUGUUGUAGGGAACACAUUUGGAGAUUUAGGGUUUUGGAAUAUUGAUUCAGAAACUGAAGAUGGUGAUGGGAUUUACACGUAUCAUCCUCAUCCAGCACCAAUUUCUUCGAUUUGUAUUCAUCCAUUUUCUAUCAACAAGAUCAUUACGUGCUCUUAUCAUGGUUUUAUUCGCACAUUAGAUGUGGAGAAAGAGAUUUUUGAUUUGACAUAUUCUACCAAACAGGAGAUUUUUUCCAUGUCUCAAACAUCUGAUGAUGUGAACUCCUUGUAUGUUGGGGAAGGCAAAGGAAUUUUUCAUGUCUUGGAUGAAAGAUCCAAGAGCUCAUCAAUGACUUGUAACUUGCAUACUUCUAGGAUUAACACCAUUGAUUUCAAUCCAACAAACGCCAAUUUAAUGGCUACAAGUUCUUCAGAUAGAACUGUCUGCAUUUGGGAUUUGAGAAAACUUGGUAAAAAUAGUAAUCCAAAUUCUAUUAUAAAGAUUACACGGGAUAAGCCUGUGCAUUCAGCUUACUUCUCUCCUUCAGGAAACCUUCUUGCUACAACAAGCACUGAUGAUAAGAUUGGAGUGGCAAGUGGAGCAAAUUUUGACGAUGAGUUCUCUGUGUAUCAUGACAAUCAGACGGGGGUGUGUGGGGGUGGGAUGAUUCGUAUAUAUUUGUGGGAAAUAUGAAGAUAGGGAUUGAUGUUAUUUCAACAAAAGAGAAGAGGAUUAUUACUACUUUGAAGAGCCCUCGUAUGAGUGUAGUACCAAGUCGUUUUGAUGCUCAUCCUUUGAAGCCUGGGAUGCUUGCUGGAUCGACAGAUCGAGGCC